CGGCAGCAGCGGGAGCGGCCGGAGCAGGCGGCGGCAGCGGCAGCAUGGGCGACCGGGAGCAGCUGCUGCAGCGCGCGCGGCUAGCCGAGCAGGCGGAGCGCUACGACGACAUGGCCUCCGCCAUGAAGGCGGUGACUGAGCUCAACGAGCCGCUCUCCAACGAGGACCGGAACCUGCUCUCGGUGGCCUACAAGAACGUGGUCGGGGCCCGGCGCUCCUCCUGGCGCGUCAUCAGCAGCAUCGAGCAGAAGACGAUGGCCGACGGCAACGAGAAGAAGCUGGAGAAGGUGAAGGCCUACCGCGAGAAGAUCGAGAAGGAGCUGGAGACGGUCUGCAACGACGUGCUGGCCCUGCUGGACAAGUUCCUCAUCAAGAACUGCAACGACUUCCAGUACGAGAGCAAGGUCUUCUACCUGAAGAUGAAGGGCGACUACUACCGCUACCUGGCCGAGGUGGCCGCCGGCGAGAAGAAGAGCAGCGUGGUGGAGUCCUCCGAGGCCGCCUACAAGGAGGCCUUCGAGAUCAGCAAGGAGCACAUGCAGCCCACCCACCCCAUCCGGCUGGGGCUGGCCCUCAACUUCUCCGUCUUCUACUACGAGAUCCAGAACGCCCCCGAGCAGGCCUGUCUCCUGGCCAAGCAGGCCUUCGACGACGCCAUCGCCGAGCUGGACACCCUCAACGAGGAUUCCUAUAAGGACUCCACGCUCAUCAUGCAGCUGCUGCGGGACAACCUCACCCUCUGGACGAGCGACCAACAGGACGAGGAGGCCGGGGAAGGCAACAACUGAGCGCGCCCCGCGACCCACGGCCCCCGCCCCGCCCCAAGCCGUCCCCAUCGUUGUCACCGACACCUCCCCUGCCCGCCACGGUCCCUCGGUAUCUAGUGCUAAACCUAUCUGUAUUGUCCGCACAGCGACUCCAAGCCGCCGCCCUCCCACGAAUCCGGAAGCAGCCCCAGACAAGGCUUCACGGGCAUUGCUGGAUGGAUGGAUGGUGGGAGCCCGCGGGGCCCCUCCCCUCGGGCUCUCGAACGGACGUGCUCCUGCUGAGCUGGGAAUCCCGGCCAAGGGAGGCAAGCGAGGAAGAGAACGGAAGGAGAACGAGUCUGCGCCGAUCUCCACGGUGUGUCCCAUUUCAGCCGAGCUAAUAGUGUUUUGUUGAGCAGUCUGUCACCUGCAUGCGGAUUACGUUGCCCCUCCCCCCACCACUGUCUCUCCGCCAACGGGAAACAGGUACAGGAAGCUGAUGCGCCAAGAGACGAGCCGACCCUCCAUCAGCUUACGAUGAACUGUCGCAAACGUGAGGUUUCAGUAAUGCCUUGUUUUCGCCUCUUUAAAUUAUGUGCACAAACCUUGUUUUCAAUGCAAUGCCUCUAAAAGUUUUGAUACUUGUAACUUUUGUUUUUGGUUGCGAUUGUUCAAGAAUCAUGGAUUUAUUAUUAUUAUUAUUAUAUUUUUUUUUUGGUAACUCUUUGGCCGUUGUCCCUGUGUAUUCUGACAGCGAGUGCCAUGUGUCAGCCCAUGUCGAUCAAGGUGGAUGAUUGUGAAACACCAGACUUCUAAAAUCAAUGUUUUGGAAUUCAGUGGAUAAAAUAAAUGCUGCUUUGGGGAUAUUAUCGCUA